AUGCAACCACACAUGUCUUACGAUGAUGUUGCCUGGGAGAAAAGCGAGGAAAUAACUGAUACUUGGGUUCUCCAGUUUUUCGACCCCAACAUCGCAAGACCGGUCGGAGACUUUCUACUUAAAAAUCAUGAGCCAGAUUACCCACUUCGGUUUUCUCUCUUGGGAAAGGGUACAUACAAUAUUGCAUUUUGGAUGUCGUACAAAACAGGUGUUGCCGCCACCAUACGCUUUCCCCUACCCGGUGCGGCUAUGUUUCUCGAGGAAAAGCUUCGGAACGAGGUUGCCAUUAUGCGAUACCUUCAUGAUGCGACUUCAAUCCCGGUGCCAUUCAUUCUCCACUGCGGUUCUAAGAAAGAGUCUCCCUUGGAGUUGGGCCCUUUCAUUAUCAUGGAAUAUGUCGAACAUGACACGAAUAUGUACGACCUUCUCAAUAUCCCAAAUUACCCACCUGCGGAAAGGGGAAGGCUUAACCCCGAUAUCAAUGAGGACACUCUUCAAGCAUUAUAUGGGGAGCUAGCUGGCGUUCUUUUGCAACUUUCAAAAGUACACUUCCCUCGGAUCGGAUCAUUGAGUCGGGUUGACGACUUUACAUGGGAAGUGGUGAGUCGUCCUUUAUCAAUGAAUUCAAACGAACUCGUUAGACUAGGGUCCCUACCUCAGUCAGAAUUACCAAGCUACGAGACAAUAUUUACCUCAGCAUCUUCGUACUUCGAAGCCCUGGCGGAACUUCACAUUGCCAAUCUCAUCCAUCAAAGAAACGACGCAAUCGAGUCUGCAGAUGAUUGCCGACGCAAGUUCGUUGGUAGAUACCUCUUCCGCAAGCUAGCCCGCGAGGGUAAGCUCACCAAGCGAUGGGUAGCAUUCGAUACAGGCCCGUUCAAAAUAUGGUGUGAUGAUUUCCGACCAACUAAUGUUCUUGUCAACAAUGACUCUAAAGUGACCGGCGUCGUGGAUUGGGAGUUCACAUACGCGGCUCCGGUGGAGUUUUCCUACGCGCCACCUUGGUGGCUUCUUAUUGAAACACCGGAGUACUGGCCUCAAGGUCUUGAGGACUGGACAAACGUGUUCGAUCGCCGGCUCCAGACAUUUUUGAAGGCGAUGAUCGAUCGUGAAAACGCUACCGCUACGAAAGAAGAAGAUCGACUCUCCGGUCCAAUGCGAGAAAGUUGGGAGAGUGGUGACUUUUGGAUUGCAUAUGCCGCGAGGACCACCCGUGCCAUCGAUGUGAUAUAUUGGGAAAAGAUCGAUCAGCGCUUCUUUGGACCGGCGGACAAUGUCGAGGAUGCGUGGAGGCAGAGACUUGAUCUCUUAAGUGACACGGAGAAAGAUGAGAUGGAACUACUUGUGGCAAAAAAGGUUAAAGAGAUGGAAAGCAGAGUUCUGGCUUGGGAUCCAGAUGAGUAUACGCUGUCCCAUAUAGACAUCGCGAAGACUCAUGCUGCGAAGAAAAAGCUCGAGAAGGAGAAGGAGGAGGGAGAGAAAGAUAUCCCCAAGUCAGAGGACAACAAGGUUGAAGUUCAGGCCAUUGAAACAAGGCCAAGUGACCUUGAUGUUGAGCAGAUAGCUGAGAAAUUGGAAGAACUCUCAGCUUAG